CGUCUCGAUUACUCUGUUCUUUCAAUCUCGCUGGCAGCAGCCAUUGCCGUCCAAGCCCAAGGUGAGGGAGCAGCGGUAGGGAGCACCUUGUUUAGGAUUACGUCACGUCGCCUUAUUCAUAAAUUUUGGAAUUCUAAUUAGUUAAGCCCAACUAUACUCAUUGUAUCUUACUAGUUUAAUUUGUUUAUUAAUCAAUGUUUGAGUAAUGUGAUUGAUCUACAUCACAUUUUUUUUGUAGAUUAAUAAUGAUCCACAACUUGCAAUCAACUGUACCUUCACUUUGCAUUUUCCUAUUACACUAUGAUAAUAUAUGAUUACCAUUACAUUACACAAAUAUUUUAAAAAUUUAUUCCCCACUUUAAAACGAUAUUUAAUAAUCCUAGUUCUUAUAAAGUGAAAUAAAAUAGAAGAAACAAUAAAGUAAAAAUAUACUACUAGUAUUAUUACUCCAAUCAUAAAAUUUUGUUUUGUGGGUACUUUCUUUACAAGUAUUUCCCUCUUAAAGUAGAAUCUAAUCCAAAUAAAUAACGGCGCUCGAAGAUGAACACAGCUCUGCUGUGUCAAUUUCCGGCAAAUUUAUUCACGGAUUACGGCAAUAGGUUGCUGAAAUGCAAUUCUUUCGGUAAAAGGGUUUCUUUCAUCCGUCGCUGCAUAAAAAAUGAGACAAAAUCACAACCCCAUCAGGGCUUCUCAGUUCUCGCAACAGAUCCUCACCCUCAGCUUGAUAUUGGAAGUAUAUGGAGCUCUAUGGGUUUUUAUGUGUUCAGCAUUCACGUCCCGUUGAGUUUUGGCGGUCUUUCUGCUGCUGCAAAGAUAUUGCAUCAACCCGUCCUCGAUCCACAGACCGAGGCAUUCUUCAUCUUCGCAAUCCAAACCUUAGAGCUUAGCAUUGUUCUGCUGCUGCUAAAGUGCCCCGGUAAGCCUCAGUAUGACCUUAAAGAUUUCUUUCGUGCCAAUAAGUCUUCAAAACAACGAAGCUGGCUGCUGGCAUCGGUGCUCGGGUUUGGAGUCCUUCUGUCAUUGGUCUUUAUCACUUCGUAUUUUGCUGAGAGAUUGAUUGGACCCAAGGAUGUGAACAAUCCAUUCCUCAAGGAUAUUCUCACCGGCAGCUGGAGUUCUGCAACCGCCUGCGUUCUUGUCUACUCCAUCAUCACUCCGUUGCUGGAAGAAGUCGUGUACAGAGGUUUUCUCUUGACAUCUCUUGCCUCCACAAUGAACUGGCAGCUAGCGGUUGCAAUCAGUUCCGUUGUUUUCAGUGCAUCCCACUUCUCGGGCGAGAACUUCUUGCAACUCCUCAUUGUUGGAUUCGUGUUCGGAUGCUCUUACUGUUGGACCGGGAACUUGAGUUCAUCGAUAUGCAUACAUUCUCUGUACAACGCCCUGAUAAUGUAUCUAACAUUUAUAUCAUGAACAAGAGAAAAUGGGAAGCGUCGAGAGGCAGGUGAAGGCAAGAACUAGGGAGAUCAAAGGCCCUCUUCAACAAGGGUUUCAAAUUUGUUAAACAUUCUUGCAAGAAGGGAUGACACAAGGUCAAGCGCAUUACAAAAUAGUAGUGAUUUUUUUUUCAAUUAGAAGUCAUAGGGUGUUUUUUUUUUCUCUUCCUUGUGUGCAUAUUUACUCUAUUUGAUUGGCUAUUGUUUCUCUUUCGUGUUCUUUUUUGUUUUAAUUUUAUUUAAGAGUUAUUGUAAUAUAAUCUUGUAUGUUUAUAUCAAUUUGGAGUAUCAAACCAUCAUUUUUAUCUUAAUUUUCAUGGAUCAAGUUGCAUGUACUA